AACAAUCAGCGCAAAUAAACGCAUAUUGAAACGUUCACAACAACCGACCGAAAAGUUUUGCGAAUCCAUUUGGAGUAACAACCGCACAUUCCUGCUGACAUUCCUGCGAACCAGCAGACAUGUGGCGCUAUCUGCUGUAGCCCAAUCAUUAAAUUUUCUGUCCGACUCUUCGCAAACACAUAUCGAAAAUAGCAAAAUUUAUUAAACAGUAGAGUCUCCAAAAGAGCGAACCAUGGGUAACGAGUCUUCCCUGCCCAUGGAGCUAUGCUCUAAUUUUGAUGCCGACGAGAUCCGCCGUCUGGGGAAACGUUUCCGCAAACUGGACCUCGACAAUUCGGGGGCCCUAAGCAUCGAUGAGUUUAUGUCGCUCCCCGAACUCCAACAAAAUCCGCUCGUCCAACGUGUCAUCGAUAUAUUCGAUGCCGAUGGCAACGGUGAAGUCGACUUUAAAGAGUUCAUACAGGGAGUCUCUCAGUUCAGCGUCAAGGGGGAUAAGUUGUCCAAAUUGAGAUUUGCAUUUAGAAUCUAUGACAUGGACAAUGAUGGAUACAUUUCCAAUGGGGAACUGUUUCAGGUACUCAAAAUGAUGGUGGGUAAUAAUUUAAAAGAUACCCAGCUCCAGCAAAUCGUGGACAAAACCAUUCUGUUCGCCGACAAAGACGAAGAUGGAAAAAUCUCUUUCGAGGAGUUCUGUAACGUCGUUGGCAACACAGACAUCCAUAAAAAGAUGGUUGUCGAUGUAUAGACCAAAAUCUGAAGAGCAUUCGAAAAUGAUAUUUUAACGCUUGAACGAACGUUCAUUUUUUGGUACGGGCAGACCUGGACGUUCGUUCAUGUUUUAAAAACAAUUAGAUUUUAGUUGUUUAGCCAUUGCCGAAUUUAAAUGUGUAUGUAUUUAGAAAAAGAAUCUAUAAACUUGGCUUAUUCACGAUAAUAUCUAUUGUAAUGUUACAUAAUUUUGUAUUUAUUAUAAAAAUGUCUCCGGGUUUGAAAUUAUUAUUUUUGUUUUUGUUAAAUAAAAGACUAUGAUUAUUUUUUGAAUUUGUUUUUUCACGGAUUGAGAUAAAGUAAACGUUUUCUUUCCUUGCUUCGUUGGUAAUUUUAAAGUAAUUUAUUACCAUCGAAAAUACAUUUGCUUGCUUAUUUUAAAUUUCCCGACGAAGUAAGUAAACGUGAAUUUUGUUUCAAUUUGUACACGUGAACGAUUAACUAAAUGUAAAAAAAUACUAAAAAAAUUUGAAGCUAAUACUAUAACGCAUGUUUGUGCUUUUUUGUCUUGUUAAAAAUAUUUUAUAAAUCCAAAAAAAUCUAUAUAUGUAUUAUAUUAUAGUCUUUAUACUUUUAAUCUAGAUGUUGUGUGUAUGUUAGCUUAAAGAAAUGUAUCUUCACUUAAAAAAUAACAUAAUAUUUAAGAAUUAAAGACACAUAUAAAAGCUGCUAAAGCUACCCAUAUAAUUGUUUUCGCCUUUCACAACAAAAACUUGUUCUACUUGUCGAAGUUAAUGCGAGAAUGAACCCUACUAUUAUAGCUUGUAGGAAUUGGUGCAUAUCAUCUCGCAUGCAACUUUGUGACGGAGCCUGCUAAAAUCGCGUGCAACCACGGUAGGAAAUCAAACUUAAUCGGAAAUCGUGCCUAAGAAACAAAAACUUAACACGUUUUCCCCAUUAAAGUUUCGUUUUUUAUCCUGUUGUCGCUUUGUAAAAGCGUAAUUCCUGGGGAUUAGUCGGAGAAUAAGACCCUGUGAAUCUGUAUUCUAGACGCAAAUGCACAGAAGUCUCGACAUUCGAGGAAUACUCUUCAGGGGCACCGCUCGUUUCUUCAAUAUCUUAUAGACUGUCUCGUGCACUCAUCCAAGCGCAUUUACUUACGCGACAUUUACGAAAACAACUGUUGCUUAAUUAAAUGUUCAGAUGGUGUACCUGGGCGGUUUGUUAGAUAUUACUUCUAUCAGAAUUGUUGUAGAUGUUAAAAACUAGUAUAUAGAUGGAAAGUUCCAUAUGCUAUCACCUGUUCUAAUUGUGUUAUGUAUAUAUAUAUACAAUAGAUUUUCGUUUUAUGUUAUGUUGAUCAAUAAAAAAUUCAUCUUU